UGAGUUUUGCUGACCGCAUCCUGAUGGUGUCAUUUCACCUGUUCCCUUGUCCCUUUGUAAUUUCUAGAAAUUGGUAGUGAGAUCUGGUGGUACAGAUUGAAUUUCCCCUCCAAAUGGGAUGUGGGCAAUGAGCAGCCGUGGAUAAUACAAUCGCCUUUCAUGGGGGCUUGCAGAAGCGGGAAUGUCUCCCCCCACUUUCUUAGUUUAUUUCACACUGCUGCCAGGAUUAAGUUCCCUCCUUUAUCCUGAGGUGCUCGUUGUGUGGGAAGGGUGAGGUCGUGCUAACUAUUUCCUGUUACUGACUAAUGUGCAAACGUGAGGUGGUUUCCCCAAAUCCUUCAUGAGUACCUAGAGGAGGCCUUUUCUUUUUUAGAGUCAUGUGAAUGUGCUCUGGGAGUUUCCGUUUGCUUGCAGACCUCGGUGUAUAUCAUUGCCCUGUGCAGGACUGCCUGUGAGCUGUGCUCUGGCCCCUGCUGGUCAGAUGGUCCACAUUCAUCUCUGCCCUGCUAGAGCCACCCGGGUUUCUGGGGAGCCCUGGGAGGGUUCACCCUGCUGGUUCAGUCGUUUCAGUGAUCAGAGCCUGGAAAUGUGUUUGUUUUGGAAAAAUAGCAAAUGUUAAUGGAUUAUACCCACGCGACUCCAUGCUUGCCAUGCAGGGCUUCGGCUGCGUCCUUGGCUUCGUCAAUCUUAUGGAGGCAUCUUUCAAAGAUGCCCAAAAAUAGAUGUCCUCCGGGCCGCCAGUCCGGUGGUUUAUUUGAUUUUCCCAUAACUCUCACAUGACAGUCUUGAGAUAACAAGCCUAGCACUGUCCCUACAGACUGACAAGAGAAAGAGCUUGGGAAUCUGUUCCUGAAGUCUUCAGAGAACCCUGCGUUAACCACUGGGAAGAGUCCGCUGCGUAUCUAUCCGGGGCCACCAUGUGGCCCAGCUGGACCCCCUGGGCAUUCUGGAUGCAGACCUGGACUCCUUUGUGCCCUCUGACUUGAUCACAACCAUUGAUAAGUUGGCCUUCUACGACCUGCAGGAGGCAGAUCUGGACAAGGAGUUCCAGCUGCCCACAACCACCUUCAUCGGGGGCUCUGAGAGCUCGCUGUCCCUGCGGGAGAUCAUCCGGAGGCUGGAGAGUACCUACUGCCAGCACAUCGGCUUGGAGUUCAUGUUCAUCAACGACGUGGAGCAGUGCCAGUGGAUCCGGCAGAAGUUCGAGACCCCCGGGGUGAUGCAGUUCUCCAGCGAGGAGAAGCGGACCCUGCUGGCCCGGCUGGUGCGCUCCAUGAGAUUUGAAGACUUCCUGGCCCGGAAAUGGUCUUCAGAGAAGCGCUUCGGCCUGGAGGGCUGUGAGGUCAUGAUCCCCGCCCUCAAGACCAUCAUCGACAAAUCCAGCGAGAUGGGGAUUGAGAACGUGAUCCUGGGCAUGCCGCACAGGGGCAGGCUGAACGUGCUGGCCAAUGUGAUCCGAAAGGACCUGGAGCAAAUCUUCUGCCAGUUUGACCCCAAGCUGGAGGCUGCGGAUGAGGGCUCUGGGGAUGUCAAGUACCACCUGGGCAUGUACCACGAGAGGAUCAACCGAGUCACCAACAGGAACAUCACCCUGUCGCUGGUGGCCAACCCCUCCCACCUGGAAGCUGUGGACCCCGUGGUCCAGGGGAAGACAAAGGCGGAGCAGUUCUACCGUGGGGAUGCCCAGGGCAAGAAGGUCAUGUCCAUCCUGGUGCAUGGGGAUGCAGCCUUCGCUGGCCAGGGUGUGGUCUACGAGACCUUCCACCUGAGUGACCUGCCCUCCUACACCACCAACGGCACCGUGCAUGUCGUUGUCAACAACCAGAUCGGCUUCACCACGGACCCGCGGAUGGCCCGCUCCUCGCCCUACCCCACUGACGUGGCCCGCGUGGUCAAUGCACCCAUCUUCCACGUGAACGCCGAUGACCCCGAGGCCGUGAUCUACGUCUGCAGCGUGGCGGCCGAGUGGAGGAACACGUUCAACAAGGACGUGGUCGUGGACCUGGUCUGUUACCGCCGGCGUGGCCACAACGAGAUGGACGAGCCCAUGUUCACGCAGCCGCUGAUGUACAAGCAGAUCCACCAGCAGGUGCCCGUGCUGAAAAAGUACGCCGACAAGCUCAUCACCGAGGGCACCGUCACCCUGCAGGAGUUCGAGGAAGAAAUCGCCAAAUAUGACCGGAUCUGCGAGGAGGCUUACGGCAGGUCCAAGGACAAGAAGAUCCUUCACAUAAAGCACUGGCUGGACUCCCCCUGGCCUGGCUUCUUCAAUGUAGACGGGGAGCCCAAGAGCAUGACCUGCCCCCCCACCGGCAUCCCUGAGGACGUGCUGACCCAUAUCGGCACCGUGGCCAGCUCUGUGCCCCUGGAGGAUUUUAAGAUCCACACAGGCCUGUCCCGCAUCCUGCGUGCCCGAGCAGACAUGACCCGGAAGCGGACAGUGGACUGGGCACUGGCUGAGUACAUGGCCUUCGGCUCCCUGCUGAAGGAGGGCAUCCACGUGCGGCUCAGUGGGCAGGACGUGGAGCGGGGCACAUUCAGCCACCGGCACCAUGUUCUCCACGACCAAGAAGUGGACCGGAGGACGUGCGUCCCGAUGAACCACCUCUGGCCUGGCCAGGCCCCCUACACCGUGUGCAACAGCUCCUUGUCAGAGUACGGAGUCCUGGGCUUUGAGCUGGGCUACGCCAUGGCCAGCCCCAACGCCCUGGUCCUCUGGGAGGCCCAGUUUGGCGACUUUCACAACACGGCCCAGUGCAUCAUCGACCAGUUCAUCAGCACGGGCCAGGCCAAGUGGGUGCGGCACAAUGGCAUCGUGCUGCUGCUGCCGCAUGGCAUGGAAGGCAUGGGCCCAGAGCACUCAUCAGCACGGCCGGAGAGGUUCCUGCAGAUGAGCAAUGAUGACUCGGAUGCCUACCCCGUCUUCACCGAGGACUUCGAGGUGAGCCAGCUCUACGACUGCAACUGGAUUGUGGUGAACUGCUCCACGCCGGCCAGCUACUUCCACGUGCUGCGCCGGCAGAUCCUGCUGCCCUUCCGCAAGCCCCUGAUCAUCUUCACACCGAAGUCCCUGCUGAGGCACCCGGAGGCCAAGUCCAGCUUUGACCAGAUGGUGUCAGGGACCAGCUUCCAGCGGGUGAUCCCGGAAGAUGGGGUGGCAGCGCGGACUCCCGGCCAGGUGCGGCGGCUCAUCUUCUGCACGGGGAAAGUGUACUAUGACCUGGUGAAGGAGCGAAGCAGCCAGGGCCUGGACGGGCAGGUGGCCCUCACACGUCUGGAGCAGAUCUCCCCAUUCCCCUUCGACCUGAUCGAGCAGGAGGCCGCGCGGUUCCCAGGAGCUGAGCUGGUGUGGUGUCAGGAAGAACACAAGAACAUGGGCUACUAUGACUACAUCAGCCCGCGUUUCAUGACCAUCCUUGGCCGAACCCGGCCCAUAUGGUAUGUUGGCCGAGAGCCUGCCGCUGCGCCUGCCACGGGCAACAGGAACACUCACCUGGUGUCCCUGCGGAAGUUUCUGGACACUGCCUUUGAUCUCCGGGCCUUCGAGGGAAAGACCUUUUAGAGGGGAAAGAGCGGCCUGGGUCUGGAGCUGGGGGCUCAGGAGGCCAGGAGAGACGGCUGCUGGGCCCCUGGAUGUGCGACACCACUGGCUGCCAGCCCAGGCCAGCUUUGGCCUGUGCUGUGUCACUGUCAGGACUGAGACGUCGUGGGGUUCGAUGGAGGGGUGCAACUCCUGGGGACCCCAGCGCCUGGCGCCUUCCAGACAUGACGCAUGGUUUCUGCGUCUGGGAUGUUGGUGGCCACCCGGAACCCUGUGCCAUCAGCCGCCCUGUCCUGUCCAGCUGUCUGCUGCUCACCCUGUGUGCGGCCCUCUGUAGGUUGAGGGGGAAGCUGUGCCGUGAGCUCUCAGAGGUCGGGCAGCCUCCCACAGCACAGCCCCUGUGCCAUUCACGGGUGUGUCCACAGGACACAGCUCUCGGGCGCUGAGGUAGAAACCAAAUGCAGAGAAAUAAAAGACGUGCAAAGAGA